AUGUCAGAAAAGAAUCCUAUUUCAAUUAAAUUAAUUGUUCUUGGUGAUGCCAAUGUUGGAAAAGUUGACAUACUUUUGAGGUAUUUACUUAAGCAAGUCUAGUUAUAUAAAAAGAUUAGAUUUCUCAAGAUUUCAUUCCUAAGGUCUUUGAAAAUUACACGAUUACAACAGUUGUUGAUGGGAAAAAGAUUAAUUUAAGUUUAUGGGAUACUGCUGGAUAAGAAACAUAUAAUAGGCUAAGAAUAUUAAGUUACGGUUAAGCUGAUGUCUUUUUGA